AUGAUUAAACAACAGCAACCACAACAACUUAAGGCACAGACCAUUACAUACGCCAUAUAUGCAUAUAAUUCAAAGACGGCAGAACAAACACAAAGGUUGAAAUAUGGAGAUUUGGAGAUAGUAUUGAAAAAUGACCAUUUUGAAUUCGUUUGCAAGGGUGGUGCAGUGAUAUCAAAUAUAAAAGAAAUUUUAUUUAUGAAUUCAAAAAUUAAAGGAAUAACGGAUGAUAUAACAUCAAUUCCACCAGAAGAACAAAGAUAUUACGCAUUAAAUGCAUUUCCCAAAGUUUUGAAGAUUGGAAGAUUUAAUUUAAAUGAGGAAUUCAUAAAAGGUUUCCUAAAUGACAUAAUGAAGAAAGCAGAUAAGGAAUAUGUGGAUAGUGAGUUAAUGAAGAAGGCAGAUAAGGAAUAUGUGGAUAGUGAGUUAAUGAAGAAGGUAGAUAAGGAAUAUGUUAAUGAAAAAGAUAAUGAAAUUAUCGAAAGGGUUGAAUGGUACCAUGAACGGACAUCGAAGAUUUUAAAAACUAAAGCUGAUACAGGAUGGGUUUCAGAAUGUUUAGACCUUAAAGCAGAUAAAACUUAUGUUAACGAUGAGUUAGAGAAGAAAGCAAAUAAAGAAUAUGUGAAUGAAAUAUACCAAAGUUUGAUAGGAACAACUAAAAAUAUUGAAACUAUUGCUGGUGACUUUUCCGUCUAUGAAGAAAAUAAAUAUUUUAGAGGGCAAUUGGUACAUUCCUUAAAAAAUGGUAUGCGGUGUAAACUCAUUCCGAAAAAUAACAAUGAAAUGUAUGUAAGUUAUAAAAAGAAUGAUGACACACAAGUUAAAGUUCCAUUAGACAACAACUGUUACUUAAACUUAUAUGGAGACGAACAAAAGAAAUAUUUAAGAGUUUAUGAAAUGACGGAUAUGACAUUGUCUAACAUAGCUCCAGCACCGUAUUAUUAUGACUAUGGUGUUGACGCACGUGUAGACCCAAAAAAGCAAACAUUAUAUUUAGAUUAUUAUAGAUAUAAAAGAUAUAAUGCAAUAGAAAAAACGAGAAUAGUAUAUUAUUAUAUAGAUGACAAAAAUAAAUAUUAUAGUCAAGAUUUUACAUACCCUGAAAACAUAAGAUUAUAUUAUAAAAAAUAUUCUGACACAAACCAGAAGAAACCCGAAAUAGUUACACUAUAUUUUAAGUUCAAAAGAGACAAUCCUAUAUUAUCUCAUAUGUUUGAUUUAAUGAACCCAGUAGGUUCUAUUUAUACAUCUAUGGAUGUGAGAGGUCCUCAAGCAAUGUUUGGUGUUGGUGCAUGGGAACAAAUAGUCGACAGGUUUUUGUAUUGUGCAAACUCUUCAAAGGAAACAGGGGGAAGUAAAACGAUUACAGGUGAAAAUUUACCUGCACACAGUCACUACAUAGAUUUAAGUACAUCUCAAGCGGGUUGGCAUAAGCAUAGAUAUUGGGAUUGGUCAGGAAUGA